UGUCCAGCUGGCACGCAGUCUAACGGAGAAUUUUGCUCAAUAUGCCCAAAAGGUACAUACAGGAACUAUGCAGAUGCUUCAUGCAUUCAAUGUCCGACUGGUUAUACAACAAGAUAUCCCGGUGCCAUAAAUAGUGGAUCGUGUAUCGCCCCUUGUACUGGACAAAUUUCUACAACUGGAUUCAGUCCCUGUUUAACUUGCCAGAAAGGUAGCUACAGAUCUGACAGUUUGACAUGUCAGUCUUGUGGAUUUGGGCAGACGACAAAUGGAGAUGGCGCCACUAGCAUAGAUGCUUGUGUAUCUAGUACUAUCGAUGAUGUACCAUGCACAAUAGGGACUCAGCUGAAUGGCAACACCUGUGAACCAUGUCAAAUAGGUACAUACAGAAGUGUGAACACAUUAUCCAACACCUGUGUAGCUUGUCCAGUAGCUGGGACAAGCACUUAUAUUAGAGGAGCAACAUCAAGCCGUCAAUGCUAUGCAACAUGUAGACAAGGGUCUACAUCUUCAACAGGUUUAGCUCCAUGUACAGCCUGUCCUAUUGGUCAGUAUUCUGUAAGUCCAACUAAAUGUGAAACCUGUCCAUCAGGUUUUACUACAACAUAUGCCGGGCAGUAUCCUUGUGUCGAGAUAAGUUCAUCAAGAAUAAAGUGCCCAAGAGGUACCUCAAGAGAUAUAAAUAGCCAGUGUGUAAACUGUGCUGAGGGAACAUACAACUCAAAUGAGGAAGGGUCUUGUACCUCCUGUCCUGCUACAGAUACAACUUUCUUUGCUGGUGCUACAGCAAGAACAAUGUGCAGAUCCAAGUGCCCGCCAGGAUUCUACUCGAGCACCGGGAAGGCACCGUGUACUCCUUGUGGUAUCGGCAGGUAUUCAUCAACAUUCGGAGCCACAGAUUGUACGCCUUGCAGUAUAAGUAAUGAUAUGAUAACCGCCACAACAACAUCAACUUCUGAUUCACAAUGCAUAAGAAAAUGUGAUGAAGGAUAUUUCUCAUUUAAUGGCUAUAAUCAGAAUGGAGCAUGUAGGCAGUGUCCCCGGAAUCACUAUCAAUCCCAGACAGGGCAAGAUAGUUGUAUUCAAUGUACACCAAGUUCCACGUACUCUACAGAAACUGGUUUGACUUCAUCUACCCAAUGUCUUGCCGCUGGUACCCUAUGUAAUAACUACUGCUCCAAUGGAGGUAACUGUGUCAUUAGAAACAAUGAACCAGUAUGUGAUUGCACACCAGGACAAUACUUUGGAACAAGAUGUUCGACUCAAGUUGAUCACUGUAGAUCAAAUCCUUGUUAUAACAACGGACUUUGUUCAAGCACUGCUGCUGGUUACACUUGUGAUUGUAGAGGUUUUGCCACUGGAACAAGAUGUGAAACUUUGGUGAAAAAAUGCCAAACAGGUUCAAAUCCGAGUUGUAAAAAUGGUGGCCAUUGUAUUAAUAGACUCAAUUCAUUUGAAUGUUUGUGUGCCGAAGGUUUCACUGGAGAUUUCUGCGAGAGGAGUGCCGAAAUAUGUAACCCAUCACCAUGCAAUGCUGUUGGAACACUCCGUUGUGAAGACGUGAGCCGAGACUCCAAUUUACGAUACAGAUGUGUUUGUCGAUCCGGAUAUACAGGCGAAAAAUGCCAAGAAGAUGUUGAUGAAUGUGCUUCAAAUCCAUGCAUCAAUGGAGGUGUGUGUAAUAAUCAGUUGAAUUCUUUCUCAUAUGCUGAGGGAAGUUAUGCUCAGUACCAGAUACUGCUAAACAGAGCACCUACAAAUCUUCAGGACUUUACCGCUGAAAGUGAUGUGGACACUGCAGCCGAAUGUAGGAUAAGAUGCACUAGCAUUACAACUCGCUGCAACCUGUUUGCAUUUGAUUUGAAUACCAACAAAUGUUACAUUUGGAGUUCUGACACAUCCCUGACAUUUGGCACCAAUUCAAAUGUGCAUCUGUACACAAAAUAUGUCAUCAACCCAACUGAUGAUUUCUUUACACCAAAAUAUAGCCUGAAAACACCUACUCCUUCAUCACCUGCUGAUUCUGAAUCUCUGGCAACUCUGAGAGAUUACGGACUAGAUAUUUGUGGAGGCACUGAACCUUUAUAUACGAGAUGUUGCCGAGUUGGAGCUACAUGCUUGGAUAAUAGAAACUUACCAGGCGGUCUUACAUGCAACCAGGAACUAAAAACACUCUCGUAUCCGUUUGCAAAUCAAGAUUAUGAUAUUCAGUUUAAGUGUUCUGUGAGCAGAGUAUUCAGGUCUUUCACUUGUAAACAGAAGACCGAUUACUGUGCUUCACUUACCCCGUGCCAGCAUGGUGCGGCAUGUUCCGACAUGUUCGGUGGGUAUCGAUGCAGUUGUACAACCGGUUACACGGGCAAAAAUUGUCAGACCAAUAUUAACUCAUGCGCAACUAACCCAUGUAUAAAUGGUGGAACAUGUGUGGAUCAAAUUAUUGGCUAUGAGUGUCAAUGUACCGAAUUCUAUGAAGGAACAAACUGUGCCAGUCUGAAAGCUUUCUGUAAUGUUGACAGUUGCAACCGACGCGGAUCUUGUAACAAUGUCCCUGGAUCUGGCUACAGAUGUACAUGUAACCGUGGAUACGAGGGUACAGAUUGUGAGAUUGAAAUAGAUUAUUGCGAAAGUGAUCCAUGUCAGCAUGGUGGUACCUGUAAUGGUAGAAUUGGUGGUUACACAUGUGCUUGCAUUAAUGGUUGGCAAGGAAUAAACUGUGAGACCGCAGUGAAAAAGUGCAAUGACCAAGUGACGGGAGGAAGAUGUCAGGGAACCUGUUAUAACAUCUUUAAUGACUAUAGCUGCAAAUGUGAUGCCAACAGAUUUGGGUCAAAUUGUGAAAAUGUUCGAAGUCCAUGCCGGGACUACAACAAGUGUCAAAAUGGUGGCCAGUGCUCUUAUGAUACCUCUAUGAUGUGUAGAUGCCCAACUAAAUACACUGAAGACGGUUGCCAAACCCUCGUUGAUUACUGUGGAAUGACAAACCCAUGUAAGAAUGAUGCCAUGUGUUCUGUGACAAAUACAGGAUACACAUGUACAUGUAAAGACGGCUAUGAGGGAACUAACUGUGAAAAUGAGGUAAAUGACUGCCCUGCUGUAACAUGCCCUAACGGCGGCACUUGUUUUGAUGGAGUUAAUACCUACUACUGCCGAUGCCCACUACGAAAAACUGGUACCAAUUGUCUAAAAGAUGUUGACGUUAACUACGACCUGUCUUUCUAUCAUCCUCGAGGGUAUGGCUUUGCAUGGAUUCCAUAUUAUAUCCAAGUUACCAAUGUGAACUAUAUCUCAGUAACACUAUGGGUGAGAUAUUCCACAAGUGGAGACACAGGGGUGUACAUGACACAGUUUGUCGGAGAUCGUUUUGAAGAUGCAGAUAGAUUUAUGGAAUUUGAGGAGAGGGGUGUAAAGAUUUAUAUUAAUCAACCCAAUUCUGAUCAUGUACUGUUACAAUACGGUCGUGCAGCCGUAGUCAAUGACGGAAACUGGCAUUUAGUGGCGUUAACAUGCGACAUGAUCAAAGGUGUAGCAAGUCUGUAUCUCGACACUAUACCACAUGAUUCAGUGACUGAUCAAGGACUGGUCAUGCCAGAUGUUAGUUUCAGACAUUGGAUUGUGCUGGGAUGUGAAUUUGACAAUGAUGAAAGGAGAUGUACUGAAAAUGGCAAAGGUUUCCGUGGUUACAUCAGCCAGGUUAACUGGUACACACGAAUGCUGUCUUUCGAAGGCCCGGGUGAUGGCAGUGUAGGGGACAUACCUACGAUUUUCAUCAAUCCACGAUACGUGUUUGGAGAUUUGAAUUACCUCCUCCUUGCAUGGAACGAGUAUGUGUAUGAAAAUGGCGUGGGGAAGAUGACACCUUCUGAGGCUAAUGGUCAACCUUGUAAUGUUCUGAACAGAAACCCAGCCUGUAGUUCCUACAGAGCAACCUCACAACAUCCCUUGGUCAUCAGCUGUCCUGGAGACAAGGUCAUUUAUUCUGAGGAUCGAAUUACUACAGUUACCUGGGAUGAACCAGAAUUUAGUAGCGAUGUCAGUGUAACCAGGCCAAGUCGUCCCCCAGGAAGUUCAUUUACGUGGGGAAUCUACAGAAACACCUACAUAGGGAUAGAUGGUGCCAACAAUAAAGCCUACUGUCAUUUUACAGUUUAUGUGAAUGCUGGGCGAUGUGAUGCUAAUCCUGACCCAAGAGGCGGUACGCAGGUGUGCAAUACAGUGGAUGGCCGCAGAAACUGCAUGAUAUCUUGCAAUAAUCCGAACACAGUAACUUACGGAAUUGAUCGUGCUCAUCCAGAUCUGUUCACCUGCGGACCAACCGGUUUUUGGAAUGCAGAUAAACCAUUUAGACGUUUUAGAUAUCCAUCAUGUGGACUUAUCAAACCGAUACCAAAGGUGCAAGCAUAUAUUCGUGUUAACUACAGAAUAUUGACUGCUGCGUGUGAUGCAGCCCAGACGAAUAUACGAGUUCGCACAUACGAGGAAUUCCGUAAAAUGAAGGAUCUAUUCACUGGCCAGUUUUGUCAGCAGGCAGACUGUACGGAUAUUACUGUAUUAACUACUUGUCAGACAAUAAAUUCGGGGAAACGUAGAAAGCGGCAGACGUCGUCUUUAUCUAACUUCCUGUUAGAGAUCACUCUCCCGUUAAUUGAUUCAAGAGUUAACUUCGAUGGUGAAACUAUUUCUUCCCAAGAGUUCUUGACCUACUUUAUCCUUGGGGCUGGAGUUCUGAACUUUGACACAAUCCCAAAUUUGAAUUUCCUGAAAGAGAAUUUUGAGAUAGUUAUGACAGAGAAAUGCCCAGCUGGUGAAGUUCUCAGAGAUGGACAGUGUAUUGAGUGUGGACCAGGUAACUAUUUCCGGUACACGGACAGCACCAACACAACUGCUAUCUGCGACGACUGCCCACUUGGAUCUUAUCAAGACUUAAGUGGCGCGUCAAGCUGUAAACAGUGUACAACUGGACUCACAACUGAACUGAGUGGAGAAUUUUCAUCAUCGAGCUGCAAAACAUCUUGCCCAAUUGGACAAUACUUUGACAAUGACAGGAACAAUUGUCAGCUCUGCCCUAUUGGCUACUACCAGGAUGAAGUAGGUCAGUUCAGAUGUAAAGGAUGUAACGCUGGAGAGACGACAAAAGAAACUGGCGCAACUUCCAAACAACAAUGUUCAGUUUCAUGUGAAAGUGGGUCAGAGUUGAAUAACAAUGGUGGGUGUGACCUUUGUGAGAUAGGGCAAUAUAGAGAUGCUGAUCUAGGCCGAACAUGUGUGGAUUGUGGCAACGGAUUCAUAACGGCAACAAAAGGAGCAAAGAAGCUAGCUGACUGCAACAUAGCUGAUUGCUCCGCUGGUAAUUAUAGAGAUACAGAUACAAAUACAUGUAAGCCUUGCCCUUUGAAUACAUACCAGGACAAGAUACGGCAGACGACCUGUUUAAGCUGUGGUAAUGAAGCAAAUUGGAGAACAGCAUCUACAGGAUCUUCAUUACAAUCACAGUGCUUGUAUUAUUGUGCAUCUGGAUUUGAAGUAAAUGUGGACACAGGGAGUUCCUGUGAUAUCUGCCCAGUUGAAGAGUACAAGGACAAUAGUGUAGAUCCACAAGGACCAUGUGUCACCUGUCCCGGCAAUAAAGUAUCACCUACUCCAGGAGCCAAAUCCUCUGCUGAAUGUACCAUUUACAAAUGCCAGCCUGGUUACGCAGCGAAUGCUGCGAACAAUGGGUGUGACAACUGUACUUUUGGUUAUUACCAAGAUGAGAAAUAUAGCACCCAGUGUAAGCAGUGCCAAGCUUCUUACAGUACAAGACAGGAAGCAUCUACGUCUUCGAAUGAUUGUGAAAUGUAUUGCCCCUCUGGUCAGGAAAUGAUUAGUGGUUCUUGUAGGUCAUGCAAAGUAGGUUUCUACAAAAAUAACAACGAUGGAGUGUUUGAAGCAUGUAAACAGUGUGAAAAGCCUUUUAAAACCACAGCUGUUUUUGGGGAUCAACAGCCCAAAUCGGGGACAUGCCCAGCUGGAACAAAGAUUGAUGAUACGGAUACUGGAUGUGACCCAUGUCCAAGAGGAACGUACCAACCAGAUGCUUACCAAAAGGAUUGUCUACCAUGUGACUCAGGCACAAGUACAAGAAUGGUUAAUUCCACGAGAAAAUCUGACUGUGAAACCUACUGUAACUCUGGUUUUGAGAAGAUCAACGGACAAUGUGUAGGAUGUGAAAGAGGGUACUUUAAAGAUAACAAUGAUGAUGUGUUUUCUCCCUGCACUCUUUGUCCCGCAGAAUACAUUACAGCAAGUAACCAAGCCACCUCUGAAACACUCUGUGUUGUUGGUAACUGCAGUGCCGGGCAAUAUCUACAAGGAAACAAUGUUUGUGCUCCAUGUCCUAAAGGUCAAUAUCAGCCAACGAAAUGGCAAACAUCUUGUAUUAGCUGCGGUACAGACAAAACAACAGAGACAGAUGGUGCAUCACUGGAAUCUGAGUGUAUUGUUGAAUGCAGUCCUGGCUAUGAAGAUAUUAAUGGAGUCUGCAAGGAAUGUCCGAGAGGAACUUACAAGGUAGAAAGAGCUGCUGCAAAAUGUAAACCUUGUGAUACAGGGUUCACAACUGUAGGAACAGGGGCAACUUCGUCUAAUGCAUGCACAUUACCUGCUUGCCCUGCUGGCCAGUACCUUGAUAAGGUAUCAAACCCAAUCAAUCCACUGUGCAGGCCAUGUGCAUAUGACUUUUAUCAAGAUGAGAUUUGGCAAGACCAAUGUAAGACAUGCCUAGACAACAAGGUUACCCUCAGUACAGGUGCAGAUGAAGCCUCAGACUGUGUUUUGGACUGUGCGUCAGGACAAGAAUAUAAUCGUGAUACAGGUCGUUGUGAGUUUUGUCCUCGAGGAUAUUAUAGGAACAAGAAUGACCGUCUGCAGCCACAGUGUCAACUUUGCCCUAUUGAUAAACUUACAGCAAACGAAGGUGGUAAAGAUAUCUCAGAGUGCACUGUUGCAAAUUGUACAACACCCGGGGAAUACAGAGAUACUGCUUCAAACACAUGUAAAAAAUGUCCGAUUGGAACAUACAACUCGGAGAAAUGGGUCACUUCUUGUAAAGACUGUCCAUUAGGGAACUCAACGCGAGAAGUUGGAGCCACUGUGAUUACAGACUGCAGAUCAAUAUGUCCACUCGGACAGUACGUUGGCCCAAGCAAUGCAUGUGAACUAUGUCCAAAAGGAACUUACAGGAGUAGCGCAGCCACUGACCAGUGCACAGAUUGUCCUAAUGGCCUUACAACAGAAGAGGAAGGGGCUGAUAGUUCAUCUAAAUGCAGAAUCAGUCCAUGUUUUGCUGGAUCAAAAUAUGUUAAUAACCAAAGAUGUGUUGAAUGUGAAGAAGGCACAUACCAGCCGAACAACGGAAGUUUCCAGUGCAUUGAUUGUCCGUUUUCAAUCAAAUACACCCCAACAACUGGUGCUAUAUCUGAGGACCAAUGCAGAAGUCCUUGUGAAGCCGGUAAACAGUUUGAUCCAGCAACGAAGAUUUGUUUCCCUUGUCCAACUGGUACAUUCCAGCCACAGGCAUUCCAGUUUACCUGCUUGCAGUGUCCAGAAGGCAGAAAGUUCACAUCUAAAACAGGCUCAACUACCAUUGAAUCAUGUCUUAGUUAUUGUUCAGCAUCAGCUGCCAAUCAAUGCUCCACAAAUGCCACGUGCACAGUCUCUGACACAAAUGCGUUAGGCUACACGUGCAAUUGCUUUACCAAUUACGAGAGUGUCGGUCAGUUGAAUGGACGGGAAUGUGUUCAUAAAUGCGAUCGUGGUUACUGUCAAAAUGGCGCAACUUGCGUAAGAGAGCCGCGACCAAGCUGUACCUGUUCUAAAUGGUAUAAGGGAGAUACCUGUGCGACCAGACUAAAAGCCGAAGAGUUGUCAGAUGACACUUUGGACAUUGUAAUCCCCGUGUCAAUUGCAGUUGGUGGACUGAUUCUCUUCCUCAUCAUCCUAGCUGUUUGCUGUCUAUGCUGGAGAAGGAGACCCUCUACGAAGGGGCCUGAGCCUCAGUACAGUGAGUUCAACGGAGACAGGUAUGAUAAAGGAAGCAUGCACUCAUUUGCCGUGCCAUACAACUCGAGACCUCCAUCACGCCUGAUGAUGCUUCAACCAGCGCAUGAGAUAGUCUAUGAUAAUAAAGCCUAUAAUAUGACCGACAAUCACUCAGUUAUUGAUACGAGUAUGAUAGAUGCAGCAGUGUAUGAGGCAUAGGUGAACUAAUUGAUUAACAAAAAGAGAGGUGGAGAAGUGAACAAACCUGAGAUUAAACUUUUAAUGUAGAUACAAGUUUGUGAAGAGAUUCUUAUCUAAUUUAAUGAACUUCGUUUUCAGUUUAUAUAUCAUUGCAAAAUGUACAUAAUGAAAUGUAACAGUGCUAGAGUAUGUGGUAAGAAUCGGGAAAACAGUGUUUUUGUAAAAGAGAGUACAUUACAAGAUUUCACUUGGGAAUAGAAGAAAAAGACCAUAAAAAAAGGUUUAGAAAGUGGUUUCAAAAUAAGAAAAAAACGAGCGGCAACUCUUUAUUUUUAAAACAUCAUUGUCAUAAUGUUAGAGUUUAGUUUUAUCUGAAUGUUACUGAUGUUUUUGUUAAUGAAUUUCUUUUUUAUGUAUAUUUUUGUAUUCAAAAUGUUAUCAAUUUGUAGUUUAUAGAUAAUUACCUGGAAAAAAAAUCAAAUUACAUGUAUUUACAAAUCAAAAAUGCUCAUCUGGAAGGGGUAAUUUGAAUGUUGUUCUUAGAAGUUUUAGAAGAUUAUUAUUAAAUUUUUGUUCAAUUUAAUAAAAUUAGAAUUCUUGUUCCAUGACAGUUAUUAUAUUGUAAAGAUAUAUUUUAUAGAAAAUUUUAGAUAUGUAUGUUUGUAAUACAUUCUAAGAGUUGCAAUUUCUCCUCCCAAGAAUUCCAGCUUAGAUGUGUUAUAUUUGUAAAUAAUGUUUUUAUCCCCUGGGAUUGGGGUAGAACCCCAAACACUCCCCUGGGGGGAAUAUAUGCAAUUUGAUAAUACUCAAUAAAAGAGACAAAUGAUAAAAGUAUAUAUAAUAGAUGUAUAUAGUUACAUGUAUGUAUUUUUCAUUUUUUUACAUAAAUAACCUCACUAAUGCAAUGAUCUAGAAUGAUUGAAAUAACAUGAAUGUUAUUAAUAAUGCAAUGAAAAUGUUAUUAAUAGGAUAUUCAAGAAUGUUAUUUAUAACAAUAAUAUUGAUAACAAAAAUGUUAUAUUAAUUAUGUUAUUAAUAAAGUUGAUUUUCAGUAGAAACAAAAGAAUAUUCAACAUUUAGGAGUAUUCAACAUUUGAAGUGACUAGAAAUUACAACAGCGUAAAUUUUACAACAGCAUAAAUUAGGUAGACACCUAAGAACAAUUAUUGUCAAAACUUUAUGAAAUUGAAGACCAAGUGAGAUAAAGAUUGUGAGAAAGAGGUCAUUCAUGACAAAUCCUUCAUUUAUGUAUUUCAUUUUAGAUAUAUCAUUUAAUUUUGCUAUACUUACAAUUAUUCAUACAGCAGUCGCCUGUAACAUGAACAUGUCUAACUUCAAAUUUAUAGUCAUUUUUUUUCUCCCAGUAAUUUACUAAAAAGCUUAACAGUGCUUAUAACAGGUAACCUGUAAUUGAUACAACCAGAAGUUGUGUUUCUUAUCCUUAUUAAAGCCAAAUUCAUCAAAUUAUAUGUAUUCUAAAUCUUUGAUAUUUCAGAAAUUAAAUAAAAUUGUAACAAUUAAAUAUGAUGAAUAUAAUCAAAUAAGAUAUAAAACAUUUCUUAACACGAUAAUGUGAAACCAUUGCAGGUAACACUUUGUUGUUCAAGUUCUUUUUAGAUCUUGUCAUGCAUUUAAUAAGGUUAAAUCUUUCAUACAACUGUAUUUUUUAUUAUAUAGAAGAUAUUACAGGAGUGUGGAUUCAAUACUGAAUUAUUUGAACAAGUUGAAUAAAAUUAAAUUAUGCAAGCCUCUGGCGAGCGUAAUAUUACUUUAUUCAACGAGUUCAAUAAAUUCAGUGAUGAACUUACAUGAAUUUAAUAUUCUAUUUAUCAGAUACCAAAAAUAAAGACCGUUUGUAGUGAAAAAGAAUCAUUGACGCUAUAGUAUAACGGUAACAUUUAGCGCACCUUUAUGUUAUGUUUGUAUAACACAAUUGACUUCACUUCAAAAUGUAUGCUCGGCCAUGCAACACCAUUUUUACAGAGUCGCAAAGCGGCACGGGUAUGUGAUAAAAAGCAUUAAGAAAUUAGUACUGUUUAUUCCAGAUUGUCACAAACAACAUGUUCCCAUUUAACCUUAAAUGAAAUUAUUUUUAUUGACUCAUUUUUGUAAUCAAAGACUUUAUACAAAUACAUCAUUAUAAAAAGAUAUAUGCUAUAUACACAUACUUUUGUAUGAAAAUAAAAUUAUAUAACAAAAGA